AUGAACAAAACUCCCGAAUCGUCUCAAAGUCCUUUAGAUGAAGCCAUGAUUGAUCAUAAACAUGUAAAAACCUUACCCGCCAUCUCCUCACAUCACAAGUUGCAGGUUGCUGCUCCCACCGCUAGUUUUGCUGCGAUUCAAAGCUCUUCGGACAAGGCAAAGACCGACAGCGAAUUUAUCACAACUUCGCUCAAGACCUCUUUCUCUGGCAACACAGAGUCAAAUGCUAGACAAUCAACUCCUUCAUUAUCGGCACCAUUGUCCCCCGCAUCUAGUCUAAACAUUCCUGUGUUGCCAUCCUCACUCGACCUUUUUGUCAGCAUAGCAGCCGCGGCUCCAUACGCCGCGGCACCGCGUCCAGAAACGUAUACACAUCAGUUCAUGACCUCCAGCAUUCGCACUCCAGUUGUUAGGAAAUGUGGAAGAUGCGUCGCAGGUUAUGAAUUUAAAACUUGCAGGCAGAGCGUGUGUGAUGAAUGUAUAAAGAAUGGGCGUGGGAGCCCUACUGAUGUAUCAAUUCUUCAUGCCCGCUUGCGGGAAGAACUUGACCAGCUUCCAAUUUCUAGUACAGUCAAUGCUACGACUGGAAAUCGGUCGACUGGCAAUACUGUUAUCGAUUACGAUAGCGACGCUACGAUUAGUAACGAGGAGGACGAGUGGGAGUUUCAAUGA